CCGCGUGAGCCAUCUGCCAGUUGGAGGAUCUGCGUGCAGCUCUUUUCUCUCCGCUCCGAGGACGCGUCCAGCUGGGUCUGGUUCCGCUCUUUUCCUCUCCUCUUCCACACCGAUAAACGGACUCUGUCCGCCGUAAACGGGAGGGUCGGCCGGCUCCAGGACUCCGGUUCGGUCCAGAUUAAACCAGCUGUUUAUCCGAAGCGUGUUGGUUGUUUUUCACCGGAGAGGAGAUGUCUGUCGCGGGCUUGAAGAAGCAGUUCCAUAAAGCCACCCAGAAAGUCAGCGAGAAGGUUGGAGGAGCGGAAGGAACCAAACUCGACGAUGACUUCAAAGAAAUGGAAAAGAAGGUGGACGUCACCAGCAGAGCGGUUCUGGACAUCAUGACCAAAACCACAGAGUACCUUCAGCCCAACCCAGCGUCCAGAGCCAAGCUGAGCAUGAUCAACACUAUGUCCAAGAUCCGUGGCCAGGAGAAGGGGCCCGGGUACCCGCAGGCCGAGACCAUCCUGGGGGACGCCAUGCUGAAGUUUGGACGAGAGCUGGGAGAAGAGUCCUGUUUCGGAACGGCGCUGAUAGACGCCGGCGAGGCCAUGAAGGAGCUCGGGGAGGUGAAGGAUGCUCUGGACAUGGAGGUCAAACAGAACUUCAUCGACCCUCUGCAGAACCUCCAUGACAAGGACUUGAAGGAGAUACAGCAUCAUCUGAAGAAGAUGGAGGGCCGUCGUUUGGACUUCGACUACAAGAAGAAGCGUCAAGGGAAAGUCCAGGACGAGGAGAUCAAACAGGCGCUAGAGAAGUUCGACGAGAGCAAAGAGAUAGCCGAGCAGAGCAUGUUCAACCUGCUGGAGAGCGAUAUCGAGCAGGUGAGCCAGCUGGCGGCGCUGGUCCAAGCCCAGCUGGAAUAUCACAGCCGCUCCUCUGAAAUCCUCCAGCAGCUGUCCAGCAAGAUGGAGGACAGGAUAAAGGAGGUGUCCAGUAAACCUAGGAAGGAGUACACCCCCAAACCCAGGAUGACCCUGGAGCUCCUCCCUCCCAGCGAGAGCCACAAUGGUGGGAUUCACUCAGCCAAAUCCCCUGGAAGAUCACCAGCACCGAUGGACCAGCCGUGUUGUCGAGCACUCUACGACUUUGAGCCAGAGAAUGAAGGUGAGCUCGGUUUCAAGGAGGGUGAAAUCAUCACCCUGACCAAUCAGAUCGAUGAAAACUGGUACGAGGGCAUGAUCAACGGCCAGUCAGGUUUUUUCCCCAUCAACUAUGUGGAUAUCCUGGUGCCGCUCCCGCAUUAGUCCCUGCCAGCGGUCCUUACCUCUCCACCAAUCCAGACAACCGGACAACAGCUGAAACAACAAACCACGCCCUCUUUCUACUUCUUCUUCUUCUGUGCUUCUGUGCAAUUCUGCUUUCACAAAAUGAACCAAAAAGAGAUAGAGAGGGGCGCUGGACGACCCCAGAGAUUUAGGGGUAGAGGAGGAUCGUCCCGUUGGAGAUGCAGCGCAGAUAAAGGUGGUCAGUGGGGCAACGCUGGACACGAUUAAGCUUUGGAGACUUGCAAUAGGGGCCCAGUGUUCGUGUAUGUGCAUGUAUGUACGUGUGUUUCAGCCUGAUUGUACUGUGUCGCCAUGACGCCAGAACACACUCCCAAGUCCCUUUUACCAUGACCUGCCUACUUUUGCCUUUAUACCCUAAACUUUUCGGCCAUCUUUUUUUCAACCACCGUCAGCUAGCACUGCCUUCUAGCAUGGCACCAUAUUUUUUUUAGAGACAACCUGCAGCUGGUCAUUGGACCACACAACCUGGUUUUCACCCUUCGCCUUUCUGAAAAUCUCUGUAAGACUUAAGUCUCCAGGAUUAGAGGUGGUUGAGCUGCUCGAUGACCUCCCUGAUUUUGCUGAUGAGGCUGAUUUAUGGAAUGCGAAAGAUCACUGCCUGGAUCAAGGACAAGUACUUAGCUGUUAGUAAAACAAAACCAGUUUACAGAGAAGUUAUUAGCCUGUAAAUCAUCUCCUCUUGGACCAGCUGUCAGUGUUUAAUGAGCUUCAGAAUAUCUAGGAAAAGGUUUCCUGGAGAUAAAACAUCACCGCAGUCAAAAUGUUUGCAGACUCUUUUUUUAUAACCAUCACAAAGUUGGAAGGAUGUUGGAUUUCCCAUGUUUUUUUCAGUUCUUCUGGGCUCGAUUUAAUGGUCUGGAAUUUCGGAACACUUUUCUCUCCACAUCAACAAAAAACUCUAAAAUAACUUUUAAGAGUUGGGUAGUUCAUACUAUUCAAUUCUAUUUAAUUCAAGUUCAUUUAUAUAGCGCCAAACAUUCCAAUACAGGUCAGUUCCUUAAGCCAAUCAGAAAAACGUUUCCUACUAUGAAGCUUCAGCUUGAUUAACCCUCCCACUGUCUUUAUGGGUGUGACCCCGCGAGGAAAGUUGACCAUUGAGCAGGGUUGAUGGUUUAUCCCUUGAUGUUCACGUGCCAGGGGUGAGGUGGUGCUCACUCCUCACCCCUGGCACGUGGACCCAAGGGAUAAACCAUCAAUCCUGCUCAAUGGUCAACUUUCCUCGCGGGGUCACACCCAUUAGGACAGUGGGAGGGUUACAACAAACCAAACCAGAAUCUACCUGGGAUGCAACUGUUUUAAAAACUAAUCUCCAGUAACUAAGUCCACUGGCUGCCAACUUGUUCCAAAUUUACCUUACAUUCCUGAAAUAGAAUUGAAAAGGAUUCAGACACCUGCAAUAAGUCAGCAAACUAUUUUCAGAAAACAUUUGUAUCUUGAGACUUACACAAGAGUCCUGGUGAACGUUUUAGACAUUUUGGAAACUCCAUGAAUGUCACAUCCCAGUGAGAUUAUCGCAAUUUGUUCUGUCGUAUGACCUGUCGAGUCCACUGAUCAAACUUUGGUCCAAGCUUGUUAUGCUCUGAUGCAGCCAGCUGUUUUUAUACGUUUUUGACAUUUUGCACUGAUAAACGUCUCACCGGACAGACGUAGGCCUGACUUAAAGCUGUUGAAGCUGUCCCAUCACAUUCCUUAAUUAUGUCUGACGUAACAAUUCAAGUAUUUACGACAAAGAGAACCAGAGAUACUUUUUUUACUUUUACACCUGUUGACACAAAAAAAUUAGAUUUUUAUAAAAACUGAUUUUUUCAUUAAGAAGUGAUGACAUAGUGAUGUGUUUCGGAAGGUACCCUGCAUUACUUUUAACAGUAAAAACAACUUUGGUCAUGUGACUGCUUUUGCCACCAGGUGGUGCUAUGAAGUUGUUUCAGCAUCUAGGUUAGAAGGUACCCAUGACCCUGCGUGGAUAAGUGGGUAAAGAAAGUGGAUAGAUAGAAAGUAAUGAACAGAAAAUAUUUUCACAAACCAAAAAAAAAAAUUUUUGGUGGAAAAAAUAUUUGUAGAAGUGAAGACGUAACCUCGGAUCUUCUCAGAUCCAAAAAUUCUGAUAUUGGAACUCUCUUUCAUUCUGGAAUGUUACUCAAACACUUUACAAGUUGGAACUUGUCCCAAUCUGGGACUCGAGAACUUUCAAAUUACCCAGAGAUAUCCUCCAUGCUGUCUGUAGUUGGAAUGUUUUUCAUAGACACAACAGGGGGAUAGGUAUCAUUCAUAAAACCCUUGUAGGUGCUGCCUACCCAUCACUUGUCUUUGUGUCAGCAGUAUUCUCCUUGAGGUGGUAUUAAAGAGUUAGAAAUGUAUGAAAUGUUGUUUUAUGCGCUUUUGUAAAGCCGCUGUUUAUCAAUGUUAAGCUGUACAGGUAGCGAUAACUACAUUUUCAUGAAAAUGUGAAAUCGGAGAUUAGAUAUCACGGUAGCUACUUAUUACUUACAGACAGAGGUUUAACAUUAGCAUUAUACAAACUGUUUCGAGAAACAGAUUUUCAUUCAUGAAGCACUCUUUAAAAGUUGGAAUCACCUUUAAAUUACUGAAAAGAGAGACCUUAAUUUUGCAUUAUGACCUGCCGUCGUAAAGUGUAUGGAUUGAAAUAACUGUAUGUUAAAAAUUGUUUCAAAGUAAAAAAAUAUAUAAGUUUAUUUCAUUUUUUAAAUGAAAAAGUUACACAAAUUUAGCACAGAUAUUUUAUUGUUAUUAUUUCAUACAACAUACAGAUAUCUGAGAUAACAUGGCUAAUGCUAUUGUACCAAACAUUGCUAACUAGCCUGUCACAUCCAUCGACAUAUAUACAUCACAUCCCUGUAUUUGUGCUUUUAAAAUGCAGCAUUAAGCUGAGUACUGUUUGUACUGAAUGCACAGAACAUCAGAUAUAAAACAGAUAAAAAAUUAAUCAAUUGGCUCAUACUGUCAAUUUUUAAGCACUGCAAGCUUUUUGUCAAAAUUUUUCUAAUGUUUUCUUUUUUAUAAACUGGUAACAUAGUGUCAUUUCUAACAAAUUAAAAUAAAUUCAUGGCUAAUUUCUAUUAGCAGAAGAUUCUAGACACGGAAUGAACCACGUGAAAACUUAAAACCAAAAAUAGGAAGGACAUAAACAACUUGGAAAUUUUAAUCAUCCUUGAGUCGACAAUACAUUUUUGCUGCCACAGAUGCUUUAUUUCAUCUGAAUCUAAACCAUCUUUAACAGUUAAACUAUUCUUUAUAGAGUUUCUAAAGUACCUGCUGGUUAAAAGUAAUUGUCAUGAUUAAUUUAAUAUUUGUCCUCAGAAUAUUUGAAUUUGUGUUUCAUUCGAAGGUGUUAUGGUACCUCAGAGGAUAAUGAGAGUUGGCUGAAUUUAAUAUUGGGUUGCAGCAAAGUCAGUUUUGAAGCUUUAAUAUUUGUAUCACAAACAGUAAUAAUACAAAACUGCAGUUUUAAGCUAAUCAUAAAACAAUAAAUGACAUGGCAAUAAAUCAUCAUGUAACAAAACAUGUUUUAAUUAAGAGAAUAUCUAUCUAUCUAUCUAUCAUCUAGCUAGCUAGCUAGCUAAAUGCAUUAGCUCACCAACUAAAAUGUUUCUAGCCUAAAUCUUUUCCAGCUAAAUAUUAUAGCUAAAGGUUUUCUAUUGGAAAGUACAUAACUAAAAGUUCACUAGCUUAAAGGCUUCUAGCUAAAAAUAUCUUGAGCUAAAAGUGUAAAAGCUCUUUAACUAGCUAAUUAGCUUGCUAGCAAACAGUCAAAGCACAUGUGUGACAGUGAUACAAUCUCUAACUGUAAUCUUCUGCCAUCUCCUUGCUUCUCUAUAACUGGAUGUUGUUGUGAAAACUGGGGAUCUGGAGCACAACUAAGUUCAGUGUUGACUUUUUAUUUAUUAUUAUUAUUUAUUUAUUUUUGUGACUGAAGUUUCUGAAAAUUUGAUUUCCAGAGCAUUUGACUGAAGUGCUUCAUGUGUGUCAUUGAAAAGAUGUAAAAAAACAAAGCUAGAUUUGAUCUACCAGGAGUUUCAGUGAGCAGUUAGCCAGGGCUGCCAACGUUUGAACAAAUGAAUGCAUGAGAGCCGGGGGUUGCGCUGACCGUUUCACCCUGUUCACUUACAGUCGGAGCGGAGGGUGGGGUGCGCGGACCGUUGCACCCUGUUCACUGGGGGGGGGUUAAUCAGCGUGACAUAUUGGAGGUGUGGCGUGAGAGCGUGUGCAGAGGGUCAAAAGUGAGAGUUGGAAACCCUGGUUAGCUUAUUUUACCUCUGCGUUAGUUUGAUUGAUCAGCGCCUUGGGCUUCCUGACAGGGUUGCGGAAGGCACUUUAUAAAUAAAGCUUUGAUUGAUUGAUUGAUUUCAUUUGUGAACAAACGUAAGCUAUGUUCAUACAGCAUUCUUCUUCAAAAAACAAAGUGCUUUAAGAAUUUUUUAAAUUUUGUUAAAUAUUUUAAUGUAUUUUUCCCCAAUUUUUUUUUUCUUGCUGAUUUGCCCUCUAUGGCGACAUGUAUUUUAACCUCAAUGAGGGACUCAAUGUACAGUGUUACUCUUCAUUUUCACUAUGAGAGUCAGACCUCGGCCAUCUUGUUGCCUCAGCCUCAUUUUAACACAAAUGCUUGGACUGAAUGAACUUAUGUAGAAUAAAAUAAACCAAAGCUGCAAACUGAAGCUUUGGUCUUUACUCUGUUGGACAGCAGCUCAUUGGUUGGGUUAACAUUAGGGUAAAAUAAUUCUUGCCUUUGCACCUACAUACAAUCGUUUUAAGUAUCACAUUGCUAAGUAGUUAAAUGCCUUAUUUGUUCAAAUACAAGGAGCAGAGCUUAAAAUUCAAACUUUAAUUAACCAAUAAGCUGCGAUGGACUGGCACUCUGUCCAGGGUGUACCCCGCCUGAUUGCCCAUUGACCGCUGGAGAUAGGCACCAGUCCCCCCGUGACCCUACAUGGACAAGCGGGUUCAGACAGUGGAUGUAUGGAAUUAACCAAUAAGGUACUUUUUAAUUUCUUUUAACUUAACGUUCAACUUCCAAUCCUCUUUCUGGCUUCUCUACAUGCUGAUGGGUCCUGCAGCUUUGAGGCACUCCACCAUUAUUAUUACUAACCAUCCGUUAACCAGUCAGAGUCGACUAGGCCUCACCUGCACUGUUUCUCAAUGUCAAGCCGCCUGGCGCCUUGCUUACAAGGACACUGUCCUUCCUUGGUCAAAGAAAACGACUGAAUGGAACAGACUUGCAUAACAUGACUGUGGCUUCCACGGCGGUCACGUAACGUCACGUGGCAUGGGAGAUAAAGUUAUAUUUUAUACAUGUUAGUUUCAAUUUAAAUAUAUAACGAGCCUUUCACUUUUUAAAUUGUGUAAAUGUUUAUUAAAUAAAAUCUAUAAGUGAGUUACUACCCGCUAGCCACCGAAGCUGCAACUACUAAGCAACUAGCCAACCAUAGAUAACUUCUUUGGAUCUAAAAAAAAACAUUUUAAAUUUGUUGACUUACUUUUAAACUUGAAAAUUGUCCCCGAAGUAGCUGCCAGCUUCUGAUCCAUCGUCCUUUUGAAAAUACCGCGGUGUACUCUGGGUCAUUUUUGAUCAAGGCUAGGCUACAAGACACCUCCUGUGUAUCCUUGCUCAGCUAGCUAAACGGCUAACAAACGGAGAACACAUGCCUUGGUAGAACAUGAACAUUGGAACAUGUCUUGGCAGCUUCUGAUGACGUAUCUCCUAGGCAACCGGGGGAGGCCAAGACAUCAAGACGAGGUUCCUUGGCAUUGAGAAACACCCAAUUUGUUUAUGUGUACAUCGACCAGCCACUAGAGGGCACCGUUGUGCAAAAUAGUCCGCUCGGCAAGGCGAGGCUGGGACUGUGUAAAAUAGUGGACUUGACAAGUCAAACAGCUGAUUCUGAGCCCAGAUGUUCUGACGGUAAAUACUAUUGUAAAAUAAAUUAUAGAGAUGAGUCCUUAUCCUGUACAAUUUGUCUCUGAACAUGGUGCUGGAACGUGUCAGCAGUGAACCAACAUCCCAACGGCUGGAAAAUUAGUCAUGUUGUUGCAAUACAAUACCACCUCUGAACACCAGUGUUCGUCAGAGUGUUUGCCAGUGUCCGUGUUCCAUAUUCAACCUUUAAGUAUAGUAAAAUAACAAGAAUUGCUGAACUUUUUAAAGAAAUUUCUUUAAAUCAGUUAAAUGAUAUACAGGCAACAGCACUAGUGGUUCCAAAGAUUGGAAAAGAAGCGAGCCAAACUACGUUUUAUGUUGGACAGAAUGCACACAGCAUUGUAGUCAGACGCCACCAGACGGCACAUACAUAGCAGCACAAGGAGGAAUACCCACAUGUUUUGUUUUGUAGUCCCUAACAAAUUAAUUUGAAUAAAACUGUCAUUCAUGAAUCCAAAAAAGAUGAACAAUAGUCGACUCCUGAAAUUAAAAACAUUUUUAAUAAAACUAUAAAAGCACAGGUAUAUGAUAGCUUCAGGUUUAAUGUUUUAUUUUAUUUAACAUAAAUAAAGCACUGCCCACUGGGGAAUAACAAUCAGUCAGCCUUUUGCACGACAAAACCCAAAGUUUUUUUUCACUCAUUGCCUUUAUUUACAGUUUUUAGAGGCAUAUUUUUGGCCAUGGUCUGACUUGUGGCUGUUUUACAUCUUGUCUGUAAAAAUAUAAAACAUAAAAACAUCUUGAUGCCCGUGUAACUCGCAGUCCUUUGGUGAGCUGCUUGUGUUCAUGUAGAUAUUGACACAACUUGUUGCUAUUUAUUUGACUGUUGUACAUAUUCAUUUUGUUAUUUAUUUAUUUAUUUAUUCCAUUGUCCUAUUUAUUGGUGUUUGAGCACCUGUGACACAUUUGAUGGUUGUCAACAAAUUGGUGUGUGAUGUAAAGGAGCAGAGAGGAGGUGGUGUGUGGACUGGGUUUGUAUUUGGGGUAAAAAACAAAACCUUAGCUGUGAUACUAACUGUUGCUCUCUUCGUAUUGGACAAUGAUAUACUCUAAGACCACUGUAUGUAUAACUACUCGUUGUGAAGAUGAUCUACAAUGUUAUGACAAUAAAGAAUUAACACACUGCU